AUGAGAGUUGGUCGUCUUCUUUGCUUUAGGGAUAAAAAUGAUAUUUUAAGAGUAGGUUUCCUCAUUAGGUCCAAUGUGUCUGAUAAUGCUUUGUUAGUGUUAACCUUCGAUCUUGGUGAAGAAUAUGAGAAGGAUAGUGCUGCUUAUAAAUUGCCUUGGAUUCCACAUUCUUAUUAUCUCAGCCAUUUUAUGAAGAAAAUGGUCUAUUCUGGAUCUUUAAGAGUAGAAUCUGUUCCUUACAAUAAUAUAGGUUUUAUUGGCCGCUAUUUUUUGAAAGCUAAUAUUAAAAGUAUAUUGCAGAAUGAUUCAAAAAUUAUUGCUGAAGCUGUGGAACAGAUUCAAAUUUUAUUGAAAUUCCAAAAUAAGUGGGACGAAGUUGGAUUUUACCAAGCCACACAAUUAUCCUUACAUGAGCUUUUGGAAAAGAAGGCACCAAUUCUCGAGAGAAUCCACGAACUAGAGUCUUUCGAGUGUAAGAAUUUCAAGGUUCAUUACCAGCAAAUGCACAGACAGGAUGAAAUUAAAUCUGAAAUAAGUACAUUACAACGGUUAAUCUCUGAUGAAAAUUUGGAAUUGUUACCAGAUUACGAGCAGCGUUUGAAUGUUUUGCAGUCAUUAGGAUUUAUUGAUAAGAAUCAAAAUGUAGUUCUUAAGGGUCGUGUUGCUUGUGAGGUUAAUUCAGGUUGGGAAUUAAUUAUAACUGAACUAGUCUUAGAUAAUUUCUUAGGUGACUUUGAGCCAGAAGAAAUUGUUGCUUUGCUUUCUUGUUUCGUAUAUGAAGGGAAAACGAAUGAAGAAGAAGAGCCUCCUAUUACUCCUAGAUUGGAAAAAGGAAAGACUAGAAUUCUUGCUAUCGCAGAAAAAUUAAUGAAGGUUUACGCAGAAAAUCAAGUUCUACUUACUUCAGAAGAGGAAGAGUUUUUAGAGAGGAAGAGAUUCGCGUUAGUGAAUGUUGUAUAUGAAUGGGCUAGAGGAUUGUCUUUCAAUGAAAUCAUGCAAAUGAGUGUUGAAGCAGAAGGUACUAUUGUGAGAGUAAUCACCAGAUUAGAUGAAAUAUGCCGUGAAGUUAAAAGUGCUGCAUUAAUUGUUGGUGAUUCUACUUUGCAUUCAAAAAUGUCAGAAGCACAAGAAAAGAUUAAGCGGGAUAUUGUUUUUUGUGCAUCGCUUUAUCUUUAG